AUGGCAGGACAAGUGUUUAGAAAGUUACUUCCACUCUUUGACCAAGUAUUGGUUGAAAGGUGUGCCGCCAAAACUGUAACCAAAGGAGCCAUUAUGCUUCCGGAAAGAUCUCAAGGAAAAGUAUUGGCAGCCACAGUAGUAGCUGUUGGAUCAGGCUCUAAAGGAAAGGGUGGAGAGAUUCAACCAGUUCGUGUGAACGUUAGAGAUAAUGUUCUUCUUCCAGAAUAUGGAGGCACCAAAGUAGAAGACAAGGAUUAG